UACAAGGGCCUGGACAUCAUCACGAACAAGGUUUCUGCCCAGGAGCAGCGGCUGUGCAGGCACCACAUGAUCAGCUUCGUGGAUCCCCUCGUCUCCAACUACACCGUGGUGGAUUUCAGAGACAAAGCCGUGGCUCUCAUUGAAGAUAUCUUUGCUCGGGACAAGAUCCCGAUCGUUGUGGGAGGAACCAACUACUACAUCGAGUCCCUGCUCUGGAAGGUCCUCAUCAACACCAAGGAGAAGGCCAGCACGGCCCCCGGACCGGUCCCGGACAGGAAAGAGGAGCUGGAGCAGCUGGACGGUGUCGAGCUCCAUCGCCGUCUGAGCCAGGUGGACCCGGAGAUGGCAGCAAAGCUGCACCCCCACGACAAGCGCAAAGUGGCCAGGAGCCUCCAAGUGUUUGAAGAGACUGGGAUCCCCCACAGUGAAAUCUUGCACCAGCAGCAGGAGGAGGAAGGUGGGGGACCCUUAGGGGGGCCUCUGAAAUACCCACAUUCCUGCAUCCUGUGGCUCCACGCAGACCAGGCAGCUCUGGACCAGCGGCUGGGGGAGGGGGGGGGGGCGGGGCUGCUGGAGGAGCUGCGGGACUUCCACCGGCGCUACAACCAAGAGAAGGUGGCUGAGAACCGCCAGGAUUACCAGCACGGCAUCUUCCAGUCCAUUGGCUUCAAGGAGUUCCAUGAGUACCUCAUCAGUGAGGGGAGCUGCUCGCCUGAGACCAGUGCUCUGCUGCUGCAAAAAGGGAUCCAGGCCCUGAAGCAGGUGACCAAGAAAUACGCCCGGAGGCAGAACAAGUGGGUCCGAAACCGCUUCCUGAGACGUCCUGGGCCCAACGUGCCCCCCGUGUAUGGCUUGGAGGUGUCCGAUCUCUUGCGGUGGGAGGAGGAUGUGCUGAAACCUGCCCUGGAGAUCGUGGAGAGCUUCAUCCAGGGACGUGAGCCCCCAGCGGAGCCUGUGAGGAUGGAGUACGACAUCAACGAGAACAAACGGAGCCAUCGCGUGUGCGAGCUCUGCGACCGAGUCAUCAUCGGGGACAGGGAGUGGGCAGCUCACACACGGUCCAAGUCCCACCUGCACCACCUGAAGAAGAGAAGGAAGCUGGAGGCCGCCAGCCGCGCCGCGGAGACCGAGGGGGACAGCGGGGGUGCAGAGCCCUCGGGUGAGGACAGCGGCUUGCCUUUGCCACAG